AUGGUAAUAUUUUUUAUUUGGGCAUGAAUUACCUUUCUUGCUGUAUCAGUGCUGUUAAUACCCGAAACCAAACUAUUAAAAGAAGGGAAAAAAUCAGUCUGAAGCUUCAGCCUUUUUUCUUUUAGCAUUGUGGAGUUGGAGGUCAUGCCAAAGGUCAUCUAGUUCAAUCCAAUGCAGUGAUUGGGGGCUCUUUUCCUACUUGGGUUUAUUGUCUUGCAGACGCUUAAAAAUUACUCCCCAGCCAUUUAAAGUUUAGAUGCUUCAGGGGAUGUUGAAAAAUUGGAGGGGAACUAGUGGGUGAUCUAGUGCAGAUGUUCCCUCCAGGUGUUGCUAGACUACAAAUUCCCAUCUUCCCUGAUCAUUGACACUCUUGCUUGUGGCUGAUGGGAGUUACAGUCUUGAUAACUUUUAAGCAAAGUUUCUAACUCUUCAGAAAAGUCUUUGAGAACCUGAACCUUUGUCAUCUUGACAUUUUUUUCCUGCCAGGCACUCCCCACCCAAUCUGCAGGCAGAGACUUUCAAAUUUGUCUCUGCAAGCUUGAGGACUAGUAACUUCUUGUUUUUAAACAUGACUGCAUGCAUGUAAUGACAACAAGGUCGUAUAAUGAAAAUAAUAAUAGUUUAUUAUUUGUACCCCGCCCAUCUGUCUGGGUUUCCCCAGCCACUCUGUUUUUUUUUAAUAAAUAAUUUUUAUUUAAAUUUUAAACAACAAAGAAAGAAAAGAAAAACAUACACAAUACAUAUCUCAAAAAAAAGAAAAAAAGAUAACAAGAAUACACCAAAAAGAACACAAUUCAACAAUAAAAAAACAAAAUACAUAACAAUUAAAAGCAAUAUCUCUUUUCCAUUUCCGUUUUUUUUAGUUUACUUAUUUUCUGGACUUCCUCAUACCUCCCUCUUUUGUAUUCCACUCCAAAUUGUUUGUCCAGCAAUUUCUUUUCAACUUUUUUAAUCCCAAUCUUUAACUUUAAUAUAAUAUUGUAAUAUAUAACUUCAGUUUCUUUAAACCUGAUCUUUAGUCUUAGUAUAAUAUAAUCUUAAAAUUUUCCCUCUUAAUUGUCAAAUUUCCAUUUCUUUAAACAUCUUUAAUCCUAAUCUUAAUCUUAGUCUAUCAUUAACUUUAACCUGUAUAGCUGGAAACUUCCCCAGCCACUCUGGGCGGCUUCCAACAAAGAUUAAAAAUACAUUAGUCAGCCAACAGUGCUUUGUCCUGGGGUAGAGGCACCAUGUAACAGCUCCUAUAUGCCAUCAUGGGACACGAGUGGCAUUAUGGUCUAAACCACUGAGCCUCUUGGGCUUGCUGAUCAGAAGGUUGGUGGUUCGAAUCCCCACAAUGGGGUGAGCUCCCGUUGCUCUGUCCCUGCUACUGCCAACCUAGUAGUUCGAAAGCAUGCCAGUGCAAGUAGAUAAAUAGGUACCGCUGUGGUGGAAAGGUAAAUGGUGUUUCCAUGCGCUCUGGCUUCCGUCACAGUGUUCUGUUGCACCAGAAGUGGUUUAGUCAUGCUGGCCACAAGACCCGGAAAGCUGUCUGUGGACAAACGCUGGCUCCCUUGGCCGGAAAGCGAGAUGAGUGCUGCAACCCCAUAGUUGUCUUUGACCAGACUUAAAUGUCCAGGGGUCCUUUACUGUAGCAAUGGAGGAAGAGCAAAUUAGGGAAAAGAGAAGGGGAAAAAGCCAUAUGAGCCAAGAUUAAGUGACUUCCCUUCCUGGCAUGCACAUUAUAAAACAUCUGGAUCAGAAAACAUGAAAGUAAAGAAGCACGUAGACAGGAAUGGUGUGUUUCCAAAUAUCCAAAGUUUGAGAAGAUGCUUGUUGAAGAUUUUACUCGCUGCAUAAGAAAAAAAAAAUCGUGCCACACCAUAGAAAAAGUACCUUGAGGACUAGUAACUUGCCUUUAAAAGGGGGGGCACUAGGUUGGUGGUGCUGUAAGACUCCCCAGCCCCCCUGCUCAGUGCAAGGAACCCACCAGCCCUCUAGGAAUAUCCCGUGCUCUGGGAAUUUUACUUUUUUAAGUUUGCAAAACAACAUCAGCUGGCAUUAAAAAAUAAAAAUAUUCCAUCAGCCCUAACCGAACCUAUUGAACGCCUCGCUUAAAAGCCUCUAAAGGGCAGAGCUCAAAUGGCCAUUUCUUUCAUACAUGGCAUGAUUUAAUUUCUUACACAAAAAAUGAGGCGGACCGUCAUACAGUACCGGCAUUGGAGGCGGGAAGAAAUGAAUGAGAGCGGCCCCUUUAAGAGUGAAAGUAACAGGCGGUUGGUGCAAUGCAUGCUGGGUUGGGAAGGCGGAGCCGGCCAAUCAGGAGGCGUUCGGAAGCUUGGCUUUUGCUACAUAGUAGGAAACCGACGGGAGAGUUGAAUGGGUGAGUGAAGCGGCGCGUCCCUUUGAUCUGCGGGUGGGCGGUUGGAAAUAGAGGGGGGGAGUCGAUGGCGCUUUAGGACGCGGGUGGGGAGUUUAUGGGGCGAGGUGGGGGGUUACCCUGUUUAUUUUAAAAUAAUAAUAUUUUUUAAAUUAAAUUUUCUGUUUUACACUUUAAAUACACGUUUAAACAUCCUUAAAAUAUCAAUUACUUCCUUUUUUCUCUUUCCAUGGUUCAUUUUGCAUAUUAUAAAUCCCUGCAUAUUUUACAAAAACUAAACCAUUCAGUAUUCCAUUAUUGCAUCCAUCCAAGCUUAAUUACAUUGUUGAAUUUAUCUUAAUGCUGCCAGCGUUUUCAAGUGUACACAAUUUCCCCCAUAUAUUCAAUAAACGUUUUCCAAUCUUCUCCAAACGUAUGUUCUUCUUGUUCUCUUAUUCUAUGUGUUAAGUCUGCGCAGCGCAAUAUGUGGGGGUUACCCAGUUUAAUAAUAAUAAUAAUAAUUUAUUAUUUGUACCCCACCCAUCUGGCUGGGUUUCCCCAGCCACUCUGGGCGGCUUCCAUAGAAACCAAAAAACACUAAAAUAUCACACAUUAAAAACUUCCCUGAACAGGGCUGCCUUAAGAUGUCUUCUGAAUGUCAGGUAGUUGUUUAUCGCUUUGACAUCUGACGGGAGGACGUUCCACAGUGCGGGCGCCAUCACCGAGAAGGCCCUCUGCCUGGUUCCCUGUAGCUUUGCUUCUCGCAAUGAGGGAACCAUCAGAAGGCCCUCGGCGCUGGACCUCAGCGUCCGGGCAGAACGAUGGGGGUGAAGACGCUCCUUCAAGUAUACUGGGCCGAGGCCGUUUAGGGCUUUAAAGGUCAACACCAGCACUUUGAAUUGUGCUCGGAAACGUACUGGGAGCCAAUGUAGGUCUUUCAAGACCGGUGUUAUGUGGUCUCGGCGGCUGCCCCAGUCACCAGUCUAGCUGCCGCAUUCUGGAUUAGUUGUAGUUUCCGGGUCACCUUCAAAGGUAGCCCCACGUAGAGCGCAUUGCAGUAGUCCAAGCGGGAGAUAACUAGAACAUGCACCACUCUGGCGAGACAGUCCGCGGGCAGGUAGGGUCUCAGCCUGCGUACCAGGUGGAGUUGGUAGAUAGUUGCCUUGGACACAGAAUUAACCUGUGCCUCCAUGGACAGCUGUGAGUCCAGAAUGACUCCCAGGCUGCGCACCUGGUCCUUCAGGGGCACAGUUACCCUAUUCAGGACCAGGGAGUCCUCCACACCCGCCUACCCCCUGUCCCCCCAAAACAGUACUUCUGUCUUGUCAGGAUUCAACUUCAAUCCAUUAGCCGCCAUCCAUCCUCCAACCGCCUCCAGGCACAAACACAGGACCUUCACCACCCACUGGUUUAGUGGGGUUGGGAAGAAAUAAGGGAAAAUAUACAGGGCUAGAUGUGUUUUUUUCCCCUGUGGGGGCUUGGAAGAAGUAAAUAAAACUAUAUUGAGAAGUAAUGGUUAGUAAUUGAAAUUAAUAAGAUUUUGGAACGCAGAAAUAAAGUAAAUCAUGAAACCAUCAAUUCUAGCAGGUGGGGGAGCCACCUAAAUUAUAUAAUUUGGCAUCUGAAUGAUUGGUAUUAGUAAUUGUAUUAUAAUUUGGCACUGUUAUAAUGAGGCUAUUAUAGGAUUAUUGUAAUUGAAAACUAAUAAAAAUUAUCAAAAAAGGAGUAAUUAGCUUUAUAAAAGCCACAAAAAAUACAAAAAAAAUUUAAGAAUUAUUGUAAUGUGCGCAAUAUUUUUGUGUUCAGUUUUCUACAUGGGCAUAUUUCUUGUUUCUCAUUCUUUUUGUGCCUUGUCUUACUCUGCGCAUGGCGGAGUAACUGCAAAGAAUAAAUAAAUGCAGUGAAAUAAAUAAAUAGUCCAGUUGAAGUUUCUUUUUUAGAAUUAUUAUGUAGGAUCGUUUAUUCCCUUAAUAGUUUGAAAACCAUUUGAAACCCAGAGUGACAUCUAGCCCAGGGGCCAGCAAACUUUUUCAGCAGGGGGCCGGUUCACUGUCCCUCAGACCUUGUCGGGGGCCGGACUAUAUUUUUUUGGGGGGGAAUGAACGAAUUCCUAUGCCCCACAAAUAACCCAGAGAUGCAUUUUAAAUAAAAGGACACAUUCUACUCAUGUAAAAACACGCUGAUUCCCGGACCGCCCGCGGGUCGGAUUUAGAAGGCGAUUGGGCUGGAUCCGGCCCCCGGGCCUUAGUUUGCCUACCCAUGAUCUAGUCCCAACCCGCUGCAAUGUUGUUCUCUUUUUAAAGCAAGGAGGUGAGAAGAUGGACCUGGAGAGGCUGCGAAACUUGAACCAGGACCUCUUGCGGAGGCUGAGGACGAACCAAGAGGAGUUCAGGGAGCGGGUUCGAGUCAAGCUGUUGCCACCAUCGCAAAGAGCAACUCCUCAAGACGAGCGGGACUCGGACAGCAAGGGCGAGGUGCGUAGGGAGACUCUUGGAUUAUGUUUCGUGCUGGCAUGUAGGUGCUCCUCAAUCCCUCCAAACAUUGCUGGAUCACAGCUCCCCAAGGGUAGGGCUGAGAGCUGGCUGCUGGGAUCUGGAGAGUCUGCAAGCCCAUAACAUGAGAACUCGUGGACAUCCGAUGAAUGUCCUCGGAUGAAGAGUAUUAUAUAAAUUCUUUUUAAAAAAAUAUUUUUAUUGGUUUUUAACGUACAAAAUUAUAAAACAUACCACACAAUUUAUCACAAAUACAUUCUUAUUGGACUUCCAUCAGCACCUCUGAUCCUCCGUCUUAAUCAGUUCUUACGCAUUACCUAACUUAAUAUUGCCUUUACAUUCUUAACAUAUCACAUCUCCUUCUCCAUUUUUGCAAUAUUUCUAAUAUUGUUCCUCACAGAACUUCUUGCAAACCUACAAACGUCAUCUGGUCGUCACAAAUACUUUUAAAAUAAUCCGUAAAUUUACUCCAGUCCUCGGUAAACUUCUGGUCCCGCCGGUUUCAGAUCCUUCCCGUUAGUUUGUCAAGUUCCGCAUAGUCCAUUAAUUUCAUCCUCCAUUCUUCCAUUGUCGGUAAUUCUUCUUACUUCCAUUUUUGGGCCAGUAGUAUUCUUGCUGCUGUUAGAGUAUUAUAUAAAUUAAAUGAAUGAAUGAAUAGAUCAGAGCGUUGGAAGAUUCAGGACAGAUAAUCCCAUAGGAGGCCGUGAUUACCACCAAUGUGGAUGUCUUUAAAAGAGGAUUAGACAAAAUUGUGGAAGGGAAAGUUACUGAUCGCUACCACCAGCCAUGAUAGUUGGUGCAGGCCUUUAAAGCCCUAAACGGCCUCGGCCCAGUAUACCUGAAGGAACAUCUCCACCCCCAUAGUCCAGCCUGGGGCCUUCUGGCGGUUCCCUCCCUGCGAAAAGUGAGAUUACAGGGAACCAGGCAGAGGGCCGUCUUGGUGGUGGUGCCCGCCCUGUGGAACGCCCUCCCGUCAGAUGUCAAAGAAAUAAACAACUACCUGACUUUUAGAAAACAUCUGAAGGCAGCCCUGUUGAGGGAAGUUUUUAAUGUUUUAUUCUGUUUUUAACAUUCUGUUGGGAGCCACCUAGAGUGGCUGGGGAGGCCCGGCCAAAUGGGCGGGGUAUAAUUAUAAAUUAUUAUUAUUAUUAUUAUUCCUUAUGCUCUUAUGGAGGAAUCAGAUUUCUGCCCCAUCCCUAAGUAAAGGUAAAGGGACCCCUGACCAUCAGGUCCAGUCAUGACCGACUCUGGGGUUGCGGUGCUCAUCUCACUUUAUUGGCCGAGGGAGCCGGCGUACAGCUUCUGGGUCAUGUGGCCAGCAGGACUAAGCCGCUUCUGGUGAACCAGAGCAGCGCACGGAAACACCGUUUACCUUCCCGCUGCUUGCACUUUGAGAUGCUUGCGAACUGCUAGGUUGACAGGAGCAGGGACCGAGCAACGGGAGCUCACCCCAUUGCGGGGAUUCGAACCAUCGACCUUCUGAUCAGCAAGUCCUAGGCUCUGUGGUUUAACCCACGUCCCACGCCCCAUCCCUAGAGACCACUAAUAGUGAUUCGCCCGGUCAAUCUUACUCAUUCAACCAUGGCCAUACGUGGCAUAAAGCAGUCCUUAAGGUAUCCUGCGCCAAAGUUGUUCAGGGCCAGAAAUGUGACAGGAGUGUCCUGAGGAAAGAGAUGUGGAGGUGAAAAUUGGCUGCCGUUCAGGGUGCAAAAUGGCUGCUAAAAUUCAGCCUAUACCAGUUUGCUCCUGUGAGGGGAGAACCCCUCCUUUGCGCUAGGAUCCUGCUUGCAGGAUAUCUGUGAGAGCAGGUUGCUGCAGCAGAUGGGCCUCUGGCCUGUUCCAGAAGUGCUCUUUCUAGGCUCUUUAGUUCUUAUAAAAUGUUGUGUGUGCAUGCAUGGCAUUGGUAUCAACUAUGCCUGUGUCCUGUCCUCCCCCCCAUGCUUUUCAACAUCUACAUGCAGCCGCUGGGAGAGAUCAUCCGGGGGUUUGGUCUGGGUGUUCAUCAGUAUGCGGCUGAUACCCAGCUCUACCUCUCUUUCAAAUCAGAACCAGUGAAGGAGGUGAAGGUCCUGUGUGAGUGCCUGGAGGCGGUUGGAGGAUGGAUGGCGGCUAACGGAUUGAGGUUGAAUCCUGACAAGACAGAAGUACUGUUUUGUGGGGACAGGGGGCGGGCGGGUGUGGGGGACUCCCUGGUCCUGAAUGGGGUAACUGUGCCCCUGAAGGACCAGGUGCGCAGCCUGGGAGUCAUUCUGGACUCACAGCUGUCCAUGGAGGCACAGGUUAAUUCUGUGUCCAGGGCAGCUGUUUACCAGCUCCAUCUGGUACGCAGGCUGAGACCCUACCUGCCCGCAGACUGUCUGGCCAGAGUGGUGCAUGCUCUGGUUAUCUCCCGCUUGGACUACUGCAAUGCUCUCUAUGUGGGGCUACCUAUGAAGGGGACCCAGAAACUACAACUAAUCCAGAAUGUGACAGCUAGACUGGUGACUGGGAGCGGCUGCCGAGACCAUGUAACACCGGUCCUGAAAGACCUACAUUGGCUCCCGGUACAUUUCCGAGCACAAUUCAAAGUGUUGGUGCUGACUUUUAAAGCCCUAAAUGGCCUCGGUCCAGUAUACCUGAAGGAGCGUCUCCACCCCCAUCAUUCUGCCCGGACACUGAGGUCCAUUGCCGAGGGCCUUCUGGCCGUUCCCUCAUUGUGAGAAGUGAGGUUACAAGGAACCAGACAGAGGGCCUUCUCGGUAGUGGCACCCGCCCUGUGGAACACCCUCCCUUCAGAUGUGAAGGAAAUAAGCAGCUAUCUUAUUUUUAAGAGACAUCUGAAGGCAGCCCUGUUUAGGGAAGUUUUUAAUAUUUAAUGCUGUACUGUUUUUAAUAGCCAAGUUACAGUGAACCAGGCAGAGGGCCUUCUUGAUAGUGGCACCAGCCCUGUGGAACACCCUCCCAUCAGAUGUCAAAGAGAAGAACAACUACCAAACUUUUAGAAGAUAUAAGAAGGCAGCCCUGUUUAGGGAAGCUUUUAAUGUUUAAUAGCUUAUUGUAUUUUAGUGUUUUGUUGGAAGCCGCCCAGAGUGGCUGGGGAAACUCAGCCAGAUGGGCAGGGUAUAAAUUAUUUUUAUUAUUAUUAUUAUUAUUAUUAUUAUUAUUAUUAUUAUUAUUAUAUUCCCAGAGAGAGAACAGGGAUCGUUUUCCCAAAGACACAGCUGAUUCUGCGGUGAUUGUGUCCGUGGAAGUGAGUCCCCGGCUGGCACGGCGCAACUUCACCUCCCCCUCAAAACCGGCCGUGCCCCAGGACGAGCAAGAGGACCGCCACCCAGAGCGCUUGUGUCCCAUCACCCGCCAGACUGAGGUGAUCCACAUUCCAUCGGCCGCAGCAUCCGCCAGAUCGACUCGCAAAACUGCCAGUGGCGGACGGCCAAAAGGACCGAGGAAGCCCAGAGUAACCGCGGGGCACACGGAGGCAAAAAGGCGUCCUCCAUGUUUGCACGGCUUGCCAGAGACGGACAGGCCGCAGGCCAGAGAGGAGGCGGGCCCAGGGCGAGCCAAAGAGGGGAGAGGUAGGGCAACAGUUUCCGUGCGGAUGUCGCCAGCCCCGAAACCAAUCCUGCUCACGCCCCAAGCCAAGGAAUCUAAAGAGAAAGCGAAGGUGGGUGUGUCGCAAGUCUCAGUCAGUUUUAUUGCACAUAGCCAAAGGCUGCCGCAAUGUACACAGAAUUAUUUGACAAUUAAAAGAAAAUAUACUGAAUUGGUAAAAAAAGACUUAAAACAUUUAUAUUAUUAAAACAUUACAUACUCUAAACAAAGCUAUAAAAGUACCCCCACAGAAUUAUUUUUUAAGAGUUCUUUUAGGUUUACCCAAAGACGUGCAAUCUGCCAUGGUCAGGUUGGAAACUCGCAUGUUGAGCAUAGAGAGCCAAAUAGAUAAAAGAAUUCUCUGUUACUGGUUUAGAGUUCAACAGAUGGGCAAGUCUUUACUUAAAGAGUUGGCAGCCGGCGGUUAUGGCAUCGCUGCAGUGCUGGGGUUUGAACCCCUGAUGAUUAGCAAGGAUGGUUGUUGCUGGAAGGAAGGUACCUUUUUUCCUUUUUCCCAAUAAUUUUUAUUAGUUUUCAAUUACAAAAUAUCCAAAACAGACCUCAUUAAAGGGUAAAGGGACCCCUGACCAUUAGGUCCAGUUGUGGCCGACUCUGGGGUUGCGGCGCUCAUCUUGCUUUAUUGGCCGAGGGAGUCGGCGUACAGCAUGUGGCCAGCAUGACUAAGCCGCUUCUGGUGAACCAGAGCAGCGCACGGAAACGCCGUUUACCUUCCCGCCAGAGCGGUACCUAUUUAUCUACUUGCACUUGACGUGCUUUCAAACUGCUAGGUUGGCAGGAGCAGGAACCGAGCAACGGGAACUCACCCCACCACAGGGAUUCGAACCGCCGACCUUCUGAUCAGCAAGUCCUAGGCUCUGUGGCUUAACCCACAGCGCCACCCGCAUCCCAUACAAAAUAUACAAAACAGACCUCAUUAUACCAGAUCAAAUAACAAUUAACCAAAUAGCCAAUUAUAUAAUUUGGGUGACCUCCCACUUGCUGGAUUAAAGGUUCAGUAAUUCCCCCCUCCCCCCCGCUUCCCAAGUCUUAUUUGUUCCAGUUGUAUUCCAAUCUUAAUCAUAGUCCCUUGUUCCACAGCUGCAAUUUCUGUGACUUCCAUUUUAAUUAACAUAUUUAGUAAUUUAUUAAUCCAUAAGUGAAGACCUGUAUCCCUUCAUCCUGCGUGUAAUAAUUAUUCAUCCAUAUUUUUUCUUCCCAAAAAGUUCUGAGUUGGUCCAGUCAUUCUCUCUCCUCUCAGUUAUGAUUAUUAAAGGUAAAGGUAAAGGGACCCCUGACCAUUAGGUCCAGUCAUGGCCGACUCUGGGGUUGCGGCGUUCAUCUUGCUUUAUUGGCCAAGAGAGCCGGGGUACAGCUUCCAGGACUAAGCCACUUCUGGUGAACCAGAGCAGUGCACGGAAACGCCGUUUACCUUCCCGCUGGAGCGGUACCUAUUUAUCUACUUGCACUUUGACGUGCUUUUGAACUGCUAGGUUGGCAGUAGCAGGGACUGAGCAACGGGAGCUCACUCCGUUGCGGGGAUUCGAACCACCGACCUUCUGAUCGGCAAGUCCUAGGCUCUGUGGUUUAACCCACAGCGCCCCCGCGUCCCAGUUAUGAUUAUCAUAUACAGAUAAAUGCUUCAGCCUGGGGGAAAAGUUAACUGAAAACCCACCAGAGCUCUAGCAGGUUUUCAAGUUCCAUUUCUUUGUCUGUACAGCUAAAGAUGGCGCUCUACCAAAGUCUUGGCGCAUCUCCAAAAUCCAAUAUCUCUUACAUUCCAAGAUAACAACCUUUUCCCCUUCUCAUCAAAUAGUUGGCUCAGGUACUUUUAUCCAUGUCUGGUGGGAGUGCGAGAAGGUGAAAGAACAUUGGAGGAUAAGGGUGCAGAUUAUUGCUCAGAUUAUUGCUCAGUGGAAGAGCACCUGCUUUGCAUGCAGAAUGUCUCAGGGUCCAUCUCCACGUUGGGCUGGGAGGGACAUCCUGUCUGCGGCUCUGGAGAGCCUCUGCCAGCCAGUGUAGGCCAGGAUUCUUCAACCUUGUGUUCCUCGAUGUCGUUGGACUACAAGUCCCAUCAUCCACAAUCAUCUUUGCCAGCAGGGGAUGAUGGGAGUUGUAGUCCUACCAUAUGUGGAAACCAAAUAUUGAACAGUAGCGUAUACAAAUGGAAGAGAAAUGGUCUAAAUCACUGCAAGGCACCUUCCCAGGUGUCUCAAUUGUACUGCAACUGUUUUGUGCGCUACGUAUCCCGGGUUCAAUCCCUAAUGGCUGGGAAUUGUAUCCUGCCUUUAACCCUUGAAAGCCACUGCUGCUCAGUGCAGACAGUACCAGGCUUGAUAGGCCAAUAGCCGGAACCUAAGAUAACAUUUUGUGUUACUGGGAAACUUGCUUUGUUUGCUGUAAAUAUUUUAUUAACUGCAUGGUAGCGUACCUACGGGACCGCCUCUCCCGGUAUGCCCCACGGAGGACCUUAAGGUCCAUAAAUAGCAACUCCCUAGAGGUCCCGGUCACUAAGGAAGUCAGAUUAGCCUCAACCAGAGCCAGGGCCUUUUCAACACUGGCUCCGGCCUGGUGGAACGCUCUGUCUCAUGAGAUCAGGGCAUAGCUGUCAACCUUCCCUUUUUGGGGGGAAAUUCCCUUAUUCCGGUGCCGUUUCCCGCUGCUUCCCGCUGCUAUCCCAGAUUGUUAGAUAUCCCGUAAACUGUCCCCCGGACAGGUGAGGCUGCUGAUCCCUUAUUUUUAAAUCUGAAAGUUGAAAGCUAUGGACCGGGGCCCUGCGGGAUCUGAUUUCUUUCCACAGGGCCUGUAAGACAGAGUUGUUCCGCCUAGCCUUUGGCUUGGAAUCAACUUGAUCCCCUCCCCCUCUCCCUCUUUCCUUUUCCUUUCUCCUUCUGUGAUGGAACUCCAAUUUGGGGACUUCCCUGGCAUUUUUCUGGCCCACGUAGGACCAGUCUGGAUAGUUAGCCUUGGUGAAGAUUUGACGUUUUCAUCCCCCCAAAAGGUUUUGAUUUGAGUUUCCAUUGAAAUGUUGUAUUUUAAUCUUGUUUUUAAGUUGUAUUUCAAUCAAUUUGUUUUUAUAUCAGGUGUUAGCCGCCCUGAGCCUGUCUUGGCUGGGGAAGGCGGGGUAUAAAUAAAAUUUAUUAUUAUUAUUAUUAUCCAAACGUGGGCAAAUGAAAGGUUUGUGCAUGUGGCAGUCGCGAUGGCAAAACGCAUUGAGUCAGCUCAGUAAAAGAACCGUUUCCCUGCAUUUUUAACCCUGUUGCAGAAGGAAUCUGGGCACGUGACGUUCAUGUCUGACCCUGAGGAAUACGCCAUCCCAGCAGAUGACUGGUCGGUCCGCCCUUUCCUGGGGUACGACUGGAUCGCAGGUACGACGGCUCGAUCUAUUUUGGAGCCAAGCAAAAUAAAUAAAACAAAAGAUUGCGCAGCUUGCCUGAUUCAUCCUAACUGGGUUUGUGAAAAAAGAAAAAGAGUACCCCUGGGGUGGUUUCCAGAAAUUGAGACAGCGGCUUGUGAGAGCUAAAUGGAGCCCUCCUGGUCAGAGGCAGUCUACCUGCAAUUUUCAGGAUAUUAUUUUGUUUAUACCCACGUACAGUGGUACCUCGGGUUACAUAUGCUUCAGGUUACAGACUCCGCUAACCCAGAAAUAGUACCUCGGGUUAAGAACUUUGCUUCAGGAUGAGAACAGAAAUUGUGCGGUUGCUACGGUGCAGCAACAGGAGGCCCCAUUAGCUAAAGUGGUGCUUCAGGUUAAGAACAGUUUCAGGUUAAGAACGGACCUCCGGAACGAAUUAAGUACAUAACCAGAGGUAAAGGUAAAGGGACCCCUGACCAUUAGGUCCAGUCGUGACCGACUCUGGGGUUGCGACGCUCAUCUCGCUUUAUUGGCCGAGGGAGCCGGCGUACAGCUUCCGGGUCAUAUGGCCAGCAGGACUAAGCCGCUUCUGGCGAACCAGAGCAGCGCACGGAAACACCAUUUACCUUCCCUCCACCCUAUUUAUCUACUUGCACUUUGACGUGCUUUCAAACUGCUAGGUUGACCGAGCAACAGGAGCUCCCCCCGUUGUGGGGAUUCGAACCGCCAACCUUCUGAUCGGCAAGUCCUAGGCUCUGUGGUUUAACCCACAGAGGUACCACUGUAUUAUUGUAUGAAAUUGCUGUGGGUGCCUUGAAGAUCAUUUCUGUGGAAGGCAGGAGAGAGGGAGAGAGAGAAAGAUUUAUAUUUUUAUAUCUAUGAGGGUUGGGAAAGGGUUUUUUCCCCCCAGUCCAGGAGCUACAUUCCCUUCCAGGCAACUUUCUGGGGUCCACAUGCCUGUCUGUGGUGGUCAGAGCCAGAAGGAAAAGUGGCCAGAGCAACACAUGUAAAUUUUACCUUUGUACAGUAGGCCAGUUUCUAAGCACGCGCCCACUCCUCUCUGUCCAGGCAAACGAGAGUUCAUGGACAUAUUCCAGCCACGCGAAAAUAUAUGGGGUAUGUGUGGAGAAGGACCAGAGAGGGGUGUGGCCUGCAGAGAGGUCAGAGGAGCAAAUGAGAGUAGCCUGAAAGGGCGACAUUUGUGCCUUGAGUCUGACCUGGUGGGUCUUGGCUUUUCCUCUUCCCUCCUCUAGGGCUGCUCGACAUGGACUCCUCCCUCUCUGAGAAACCCGAUCAAUACUUCUCCGAGCUGCAGGAAUUCCGGAAGGUGAACCGGGAGGCUUGCAUCUACGACCGGGAGCUGCGGUAAGGGGGGCGUGGAUGAUGAUAUUAUCAUUAUUAUUGUUGUUUAGUCGUGUCCGACUCCUCGUGACCCCAUGGACCAGAGCACGCCAGGCACUCCUGUCUUCCACUGCCUCCCGCAGUUUGGUCAGACUCAUGCUGGUAGCUUCAAGAACACUGUCCAACCAUCUCGUCCUCUGUCAUCCCCUUCUCCUUGUGCCCUCCAUCUUUCCCAACAUCAGGGUCUUUUCCAGGGAGUUUUCUCUUCUCAUGAGGUGGCCAAAGUAUUGGAGCCUCAGCUUCACGAUCUGUCCUUCCAAUGAGAACUCAGGGCAGAUUUUCCUCAGAAUAGAGAGGUUUGAUCUUCUUGCAGUCCAUGGGACUCUCAAGAGUCUCCUCCAGCACCAUAAUUCAAAAGCAUCAAUUCUUUGGCGAUCAGCCUUCUUUAUGGUCCAGCUCUCACUUCCAUACAUCACUACUGGGAAAACCAUAGCUUUAACUAUACGGACCUUUGUUGGCAAGGUGAUGUCUCUACUUUUUAAGAUGCUGUCUAGGUUUGUCAUUGCUUUUCUCCCAAGAUGCAGGCAUCUUUUAAUUUCGUGGCUGCUAUCACCAUCUGCAGUGAUCAUGGAGCCCAAGAAAGUAAAAUCUCUCACUGCCUCCAUUUCUUCCCCUUCUAUUUGCCAGGAGGGACCAGUGGCCAUGAUCUUCGUUUUUUUGAUGUUGAGCUUCAAACCAUAUUUUGUGCUCUCCUCUUUCACCGUCAUUAAAAGAGGAGAGCGCAAAAUAUGGUUUGAAGCUCAACAUCAAAGAAACGAAGAUCAUGGCCACUGGUCCCAUCACCUCCUGGCAAAUAGAAGGUUAUGAGCUACUUCUGUUGAAAUCUACAAUUCAAUACAAUGAAUAGUAUAUAUUAUUUUUUCAAACAUAUAGCCGGUUACGUCUUGUGUGUUUAGGGAAGCUUUUAAUGUUUAAUAGGUUAUUGUAUUUUAGUGUUUUGUUGGAAGCCACCCAGAGUGGCUGGGGAAACCCAGCCAGAUUGGCGGGGUAUAAAUAUAUGAUUAUGAUUAUGAUUAUUAUAUUUAUUGAAUAUGCUUCAUGUAACCAGAGGUUUGUUGUUGUUGUUUUGCACAUGCAGCAUGAGAGCUCAGCCACUGACUUUCAGGGAACAACUGAAAACGACUCUUAAUGUUCCUCUCUCUGCAGAUCAGACGGUCUGGGUUCCUCUGCUCACAAUCGAGAAUCAGACAUGGACCCGGGUUCCCAUCAGUGUAUGGUCAGAUUCCGUCUUCCCAUCUCAGCAGCCCAGCCAACCCUAGAACCAUCAUAGAAUUGCAGAGCAGGAAAAUGAUCCCAAAGGUCAUCCAUACCAACCCCCCGCCAUGCAGGAACCACAGCUCACCUCUGCUUAAGAACCUCUAACAAAGGAGAGUCCACUACCCUCCGAGAUAUUCCAUUUCACUGUCAAACAGCUCUUACUGUCAGAAAGUUAUUCCCAGUGUUUAGCCAGAAUCUCUUUUAUUGCAGUUUUAAUCCAUUGGUUUGGAUCCAGCCCUCUGAAGUAACAGAAAACAAGCUUGCUUGUGACGGCCCUUUAGAUAUUUGAAGGCGGCUAUUUUAUCUCCUCUCAGCCUCCUCUUUUCCGCACUAAACAUACUCCAGAUCCUUCAACCAUUCCUCAUCCGGCUUGGUUCCUCGGCAUCUCCUUGGCCUAUGUGGUUUCAUCAUGCCACAUGGCUUCUUACGGUGACUCCUUAUGGGGUCCUCCCUGCAAGAUGACAUUCACCCGGUGCUAUACCAGCUGCACUGGCUCCCGGUGGGGUACAGGAUCAGGUUUAAGGUGCUGGUUUUAACCUUUAAAGCCCUAUACGGCCUAGGACCCUCGUACCUAUGGGACCGCCUCUCCUGCUAUGUCCCACACAGGAACUUAUGGUCUUCAAACAAAAACAUCCUGAAGGUCCAGGCCACAGAGAGGUUAGGCUGGCCUCAACUAGAGCCAGGGCUUUUUCGGCUGUGGCUCUGAUCUGGUGGAACGCUCUGUCACAAGAGACUAGGGCCCUGCGGGACUUGACAUCUUUCCGCAGGGCCUGCAAGACAGAGCUGUUCCACCAGGCCUUUGGUGAGGGCACAGCCUGACUCCCUCCUUUGGCAACCUGCACAGAACGCUAGCCCAAUGGUUGCCAUCAAUUUGAUUUGAAUUCAUUUUAAUGAAAUGAUUUUAGAAUGUUGUAUUAUUUUAUUGUUGUUAGCUGCCCUGAGCCCGGCUUUGGCUGGGGAGGGCGGGAUAUAAAUAAAAUUUAUUAUUAUUAUUAUUAUUAUUAUUAUUAUUCUGGCUUUAAACCUCAGCAAUCCUAAGGACUAGGAACUUGGAACGCUUACUGGGGUGGGGGAACCGCAGAAUCCCCACUGGCCCUGUUGAAGAACUUGAAGUCCGCAUAUCCCUUCCUCUACCCGGCUCUGUCUCCGCAGGUGUCUUCUGUUACCGGUUGAAUAAACGCCUUUUCGCGGCACCUCUGGAUGUGGAGUCUGCCUGCCCCAUUUGCAAAAACCCCAGAGCCCACCGGCCUCCAGAGACUCUGGUGGAGCCUGCUUUCGUCAGGUGAGUCUGUAAGCGAUGGCGAAGACUUACCUGGGAAGCGUGCUUAUGCUGGCUCAGACCCUUGGUCCAGCUAGCUCAGUAACGUCUACACUGACCAACAGCGGCGACUUUCCGGGGUUUCAAACGGAGAUCUUUCCCAACCUGGCCUGGACAUGGCAGGGAUUGAAUCCUGGGGACAUCACUUAUAGCUGCUUUACAAAUACAGUGGUACCUCAGGUUACGUUACCUUCGGGUAACGUAAUUUCAAGUUACGAACGCGGCAAACCCAGAAGUGUAUACUUCCUGGUUUCGCCGUACACACAUGCGCAGAAGCACUCUGCGCACUUUGCGCAUGUGCAGAAGUCCUCUGUUGCACCACGCAUGUGCGCAGAAGCGGCUCCUCUGGAUACAGACUUUUCAGGGUAAGUAUGGACCCUCAAGACGAAUUGAGUUUGUAUCCGGAGGAUCCACUGUAACGUCAGAAAUAUGACCAGCCUUUUAAUACAGUGGUACCUCAGGUUAAGAACUUAAUUCGUUGUGGAGGUCCGUUCUUAACCUGAAACUGUUGUUAACCUGAGGUACCACUUUAGCUAAUGGGGCCUCCCGCUGCCACCGCACUGCGGCUGCACAAUUUCUGCUCUCAUCCUGAAGCAAAGUUCUUAACCCGAGGUACUAUUUCUGGGUUAGCGGAGCCUGUAACCUGAAGCAUCUGUAACCCGAGAUACCACUGUAUGGACCCUAAGGACGAAUUGAGUUCGUAUCCGGAGGGUCCACUGUAAUGUCCGAAAUAGGACCAGCCUUUUAGUAUGUACCUUAUUCAAAUCACUGCAUAGUCACUUGAGAACCUGAAAUGGGGGGGGGGGGAGUGGAAGAAACAGCUCUUCCUCGGCCUACGCCCAUUUCCCCCCACCUGGCUGCCUGGGGCGAUUUCUCUAGUCGCCAUAGGCGAUCACAUGAUUGUGGGUUCCCCUCCGCAGUUCUGAACUGCUCAGUGCUCCUGUUCAUAGAGCAGUGGGUCCCCAGAUGUUGUUGGACCGCAACUCCCAUCAUCCCUGAGCUCUGGCCUUGCUAGCUAGGGGUGAUGGGAGUUGUAGUUCAACAACAUCUGGGGACCUACAGGUUGAGAAAGGCUGCUCGAGUCUCACUUCAUUGUAGGUUUUUUUUUCCAAAAGGAGAGGGGGUUAAUGACUUACCUCACCUUUGCUGAGGGCGAACUGAUCUCAGAGGCCUUUCUGCUCAGGGCUGGCGUGCGUUCUCACAGAGCUUCUUGGCUCUUCUGGUCCUGUUUGGGAUGCUUUCUUCUAUGUUCCACCUCCAGUGCCAGAGGAAGCCAUGCUUCUGAAUACCAGUUGCUGGAAACUUCAGGAAGAAAGAAGGCUCUUGUGCCCGGGUUCGGCUUGCAGGUUUUCCAUUGAGGCAUCCGGUCCUAUUGGGCCCCCUUUCGCCUGACCCAGCAGCACUCUUGCUACAUCCUUAUUUCCCCCGCAGGGUCAGCAUCCCGAGAUCCACUUUGCUCCCUGCCUACAAGCACAAGAUCCACCGCAGGAAAAGCUACGAGCCUGAAGACAACUUGGCGUUGCCCUCGGUGAGUUUCUGGUUUGGGGAAGCCCGGUUCUUGCUGUGUGGCUGGGCACCGGCGGGGGGGGGGGGCAACUUUCCCAUCACUGGUGUCUCACACAUGCUCCACGCAGCUCUUUAAAGGGAGCGCAGCUCUUGGGGGCUUUUCCGGGAGGUGGGAGAAGGGACUGAGGGACUGCCCUUCUCCCUCCUCGGGGAAAAGCCCCCAAGAGCCUCACACAUGCUCCAUGCAGCUCUUUAAAGGGAGCGCUGAGCAGAGCCUCCCGCCUGCAUUCGCUCCUUACUUUUUAGGAGGGGAAAAGUGUGUCUUAUGGAGCGAAAAAUACGGUAUGUCCCUGUGGCGCAUGCCCUUCUGCCUUGCGAUCUUUAUAAAGAAUUGAUGUCCUGAAUCGGUGGCACAUGCCCUUCUGGCUUGCGCUGUUUAUAAAGACUUGAGGAAUGAGAUUAUCACCCCUCUUUUAUUGUCCAUUCCGGGUCAUCCAGCCUCUUGGCAGAUCAAGAUGAGCAGGUGACAGCAAAGGUUGCAAGGUUUUUAGCUGGGGCAAUCAGAAUAAGAUCCACUAUUUGACUAUUGAUUCAAAACCCCAAAAUGUAUUUUAUAUACAGUGGUAAAGGUAAAGGGACCCCUGACCAUUAGGUCCAGUCGUGGCCGACUCUGGGGUUGCGUCGCUCAUCUCGCUUUAUUGGCCGAGGGAGCUGGCGUACAGCUUCCGGAUCAUGUGGCCAGCAUGACUAAGCCGCUUCUGGCGAACCAGAGCAGCGCACGGAAACGCCGUUUACCUUCCUGCCAGAGCGGUACCUAUUUAUCUACUUGCACUUUGACGUGCUUUCGAACUGCUAGGUUGGCAGGAGCAGGGACUGAGCAACAGGAGCUCACCCUGUCGCGGGGAUUCGAACCGCCGACCUUCUGAUCGGCAAGCCCUAGGCUCUGUGGUUUAACCCACAGCGCCACCUGCACACAUUUAUAUACAGUGGUACCUCGGGUUAAGUAUUUAAUUCGUUCCAGAGGUCUGUUCUUAACCUGAAACUGUUCUUAACCUGAAGCACCACUUUAGCUAAUGGGGCCUCCUGCUGCCGCUGUGCCGCCGCUGUACAAUUUCUGUUCUCAUCCUGAAGCAAAGUUCUUAACCCAAGGUAAUAUUUCUGGGUUAGCGGAGUCUGUAACCUGAAGUGUAUGUAACCUGAAGCGUCUGUAACCCGAGGUACCACUGUGAUUGACUUUUCAUUUCUAUUCUUUGCAUAUCAUAUUGUUGUUUUAUUGCUAUGGCCGAUGGCUGACGCAAAGAAAGAUUCAUUCAUUCAUUCAAACAGCCCAAGCCUUUGGGGCUGCAGUUAAUACCUAACAUGAGAUACUUUCCCCUUCUGUGACCAUCACAGCACUGUUUGGCCGGUUGGGAGAACCCUGUUCAAGCUUUCAGCCCCACUCUCAGCAGCCUCGACCUUCACUCAUCCCUGGGGGAUGUGCCACCUGGCCGUUCGAAUCGGGUAAGGACUCUAAAUGGCUUUGUGCUAAAAUAUUUAUUUUUUUAAAGAAUAUUUAUUCCAAUUUUAAGAUUACAGAAAGAGAAAAAAGUAAAAAAAGAAAAACAAAUCACAUACAUCCUACAAAAAAAAAAAACCCACAGUACAAAGAAAAAUACAAAAGACAAAAAAUCACAAUAAAAAAGUAACAAAAAAUCAAAUUACCCCCCUAGAACCGUUUUCCCAUUUACUUAUUUCCGUGACUUCCUCUCACUUCUCUGCUUUGUAUUCUAAUUUAAGUCGUAUCUCCAGCAAAUCCUUCUAACCUUCUUUUCAUUUACUUAUUUUAACAUUCGAAAGUAUUUAAUUCUCCUCUAUCUUUAUUUUACACUUCAUAUUUACUUAUUCCAUUAUACUCUGUCUGCCAAUACGGUCUAAUAUUCUUCUCCCACCUUUUCUAACAUUCUUUUAUAUUACAGUAUUUCUGAAGAUAUAUUUUAAAUUUUUUCAAAUCUUCUUCCAUCGACCCUUCUUCUUGAUCUCGAAUUCUGCCGGUCAUCUCAGCCAGUUCCAUAUAGUCUAUCACUUUUCUCUGCCAUUCUUCUCGGGUAGGCAAUUCUUGUGUCUUCCAGUAUUUCCCAAUAAGUAUUCUUGCCGCUGCUGUCGCAUACAUAAAGAAAUUCCUGUCUUCCCUUCGCACCAAUUGGCCGACCAUGCUCAAGAGGAAUAUUUAGGGUUUCAUACCUUACAGCAGAAUUCAGUCUGUGUUACCACAAACACGGACUGCAGGAUUCUCGAGUUCAGUUUCUUGGUUCUGAGUUCCAGCUUUUUCCCGUCCUGAUUCUUGAUAUUUUUCUUGAAGGGUUUUUUAAUUUAAUUUUGUAAUGCGCAUAAAACAGACAGAACGCUUAGAAAGUUAAAAGUUGAAGAACAAAACUGUAAAAAGAGGCACGUAAAAUGAGCAGAAGUGCAUCUGAGUUAAGAUUACAGGGUUCCAGUAAGAGGCUAUCACUGCUGUCAGUUUAUCUAGUUCCAGAAUUGCCAGGCUUGUGUAGGGAGGUCCCCAGUCCUUGUCAAAAUCUCAAAUUAUGCAUAAUUUUGUCCAUUAUAGCUGUAUUCCAUAGUGAGGGUACCAUGUAUCUUGCAUAAGUUUUGAGGCUGUUUUGCAUUGAGUUGGAAUGACUGUGAUUCUUGAUUAUUCAUUUUAUUUCAUAAGAUUUACAUAUCACUUGGUUGUUAAAAGCAAAACGAAAACUCAAAGCGGUUUACACGGAGAAUAGAACAAUAAUAAUAUUAUCGGUAAAAGCAGCUCUUUAAAAACAAUCCAAGAAAUAAAAUCGGAAAUAAACAAGAAACGGGUUAAAACUUACAUCAGCGUUCUACAUGCCAGCUUGUCUGAAUGAAAACGUUGGUUCAGAAAAAUAUUGUAGAGAAAGGAGAAUUCCUGGAUAGAAAGACCCAAGUUUGGGGCGAGUACUCUUUGGUGAGAGAUCCAUAGCAGAGAUUUAAAGUUACAAACUAAAGCUGUUAGAGCUUUAAAAUGUCCUCGUAAAAAGUUUCUUUCCAAAGUUUCCCCGUUCCCCAGCAUAGAAAAAGACGACAUGCUAGUGAGUUUAAAAAAUGGUUUACAGUGGUACCUUGGGUUAAGUACUUAAUUCAUUCCAGAGGUCCGUUCUUAACCUGAGACUUAACCUGAAGCACCACUUUAGCUAAUGGGGCCUCCUGCUGCUACUGCACCGCUGGAGCACAAUUUCUGUUCUCACCCUGAAGCAAAGUUCUUAACCUGAGGUACUAUUUCUGGGUUAGUGGAGUGUGUAACCUGAAGCGUAUGUAACCCGAGGUACCACUGUACUUCCAAACUAUCUGAAGGUCAGAUUCAUCUGCUUCAGAAAGUUGCAUAGGCAGUAAAACUUGGUUUAGUAACAAAGUGGCAAAGGUUUCUAGAUUAUUGGCAAGGGGGGCAGCUCAAGCCCCUUCACAGACUGAGCUUCUCAGGUAGACUGGGGAGGAACAACAGGCUUUAUUGCCUAGUUCCUCACAAGGUGAGGGGAAGUGGACAUAGCUAAGCCUGUCAGGACAGCUUACUCUAUGUCUAUAUAAUGUACGAGAGCAAUAAGCUACAGAGACAAUGGGAGCCCAAGGUAAAGGGACCCCUGACCAUUAGGUCCAGUUGUGACCGACUCUGGGGUUGCGACGCUCAUCUCACUUUAUUGGCCGAGGGAGCCGGCGUACAGCUUCCGGGUCAUGUGGCCAGCAUGACUAAGCCGCUUCUGGCGAACCAGAGCAGCGCACGGAAACGCCGUUUACCUUCCUGCCAGAGUGGUACCUAUUUAUCUACUUGCACUUUGACGUGCUUUCGAACUGCUAGGUUGGCAGGAGCAGGGACUGAGCAACGGGAGCUCACCCCGUCACGGGGAUUCGAACCGCCGACCUUCUGAUCGGCAAGUCCUAGGCUCUGUGGUUUAACCCACAGCGCCACCUGCGUCCCUGUGGUAUUACUUAGGACCUUGUAAUUCUGAUCUAUUAUUCUUUAUUUUGGUAGGGAAAUUGAUCCUGCUCUGUCUGGUCCUAGAUGCCCCUUUUAUUACUGGUAUUGGUUAUAUUUAUCUAUUACAUUCCAUUAAAAAGAAAAUACCGAUUAUAAGCCACACUUUUUUUCCAAAUUCCAACCGUGAAAAGUUAAAGUGCGGCUUAAAUUCUCAACCUUACAAAUAUUGGCUUUUAUGAUAUCUGAAACAGACAUACAGUAAAACGGAAUGGGUGUGAGUGCCUGCGGAAUUUUAAGGGAGUGGCUUAUAUUCGAAUAUUGUCUUUUUUUCUCCCCCCCCCCCAUGAAUUUUAAAGGUGCGGUUUAUAUUCAGGUGAGGCUUCUAUUUGGGCCAAUAAAGUUGGGUUUUUUUAAGUACUCUUAAAACUACAGUAGUAUCUUGUAGGAGGGGACUCUUGUACUUAAGGUGAAUGUAUGUUCAAAAAGCUGCAUGGUUUUUUUGCUUCAAAACAACUGGGGUUUUUUUCUUCAUAUGCAAACGUAGGAAGAUUUGGUCUGCUGGAAAGGGUUGUGACUUGGUGGUAAAGCCCCUGUUUUGCAUUCGAAAGCUCGCAGGUUCAAUUCCAGGCUUCUCCAGGUGGGGAAACAACCCUAGAGAGCCAUUUCCAAGUCAGCACAGAUGUUAUUCGUUUUUUAAUCGCUUCCUAAGAAGCGGCUUAGUCAUGCUGGCCACAUGACCCGGAAGCUGUACGCCGGCUCCCUCGGCCAAUAAAGCGAGAUGAGCACCACAAGCCCAGAGUUGUCUGCGACUGGACUUAACUGUCAGGGGUCCUUUACCUUUCUUUUAGGAUAAUAAUGAGAACCAGUGUGGGACAUACCCUCCAACACUCCUCCAAUGAAAAUAGGGAUGUCCUAUUCCAUCAUCAGGGACACGGGUGGCGCUGUGGGUUAAACCACAGAGCCUAGGGCUUACCAAUCAGAAGGUUGGCAGUUCGAAUCCCUGUGACGGAGUGAGCUCCCGUUGCUCGGUCCCUGCUCCUGCCCACCUAGCAGUUCGAAAACACGUCAAAGUGCAAGUAGAUAGAUAGGUACCGCUCUGGCGGGAAGGCAAACAGCGUUUCCGUGCGCUGCUCUGGUUCGCCAGAAGCGGCUUAGUCAUGCUGGCCACAUGACCCGGAAGCUGUACGCCGGCUCCCUCGGCCAAUAAAGCGAGAUGAGCGCUGCAACCCCAGAGUCGGCCACGACUGGACUUAAUGGUCAGGGGUCCCUUUAUAAAGCAUCCCAACACAAUUUUACAACAUAUUGAGAAAACACACACACACACCAAUCAUAACCCGUUGCAAAGAUGAAAACAAUUUCAAAUCCAGUACAAAUGCCAAUUGGCGCUUUAAAAAAUCUCUGCUUAGGAGGUUUGUCGAAAAAGAAAACUGCUGAGCUAGCUGGAUCGAAAAAGUCAGUAAAAUUUGGCUCCCUGUGUUCCUGCAAUUGGUUGGAACAGAACCACCGAUCUGGUUUAAGAUUUCUUGUUUCGCUAAUAAAUCAAAACUGGUUCUCUGUGCAAGAUCAGGGAAGGGCCUUAGCUCAGAGCACCUGCUUGGCAUGUUGAAGAUCCUGGAUUCAAUCACUAAUGUAGGGUCCAGGUAGGUUUGGGAGAGAUUUCCUGUCUGAAACCCUGGAGAGCGUAUCUGCCAGUCAGUGCAGGCAAUCCUGAGCUAGAUGGGCCCCAAUGUCUGACUCGGUAUAAGGCAACUUUCUAUAUAUUUCUGUUUAGAUCGUUCGGAAUCUUGAGGACUAG